AUGGAAAAUUUGGAGCAGCACUUGUCGGAGAAUCUAUCAAUCAUCUCCAGACAUGAAACACAAUCUUCGAACUCGGUAAGAGAAUACUCAGACCCAAUCCCUGGUGAUAUACUCAUCGAUAUAUUCUCUAGAGUCCCGGGAAAGUCUGUAGCUAGGUUUCGUUGCGUAUCGAAAUUCUGGGCAUCCUUACUUCGACGUCCUGAUUUCACCGAAUUGUUUCUGACCAAGUCUUUGGCUCGUCCACGGCUCUUUUUCAAUGUAAGAGUUAAUGGAAAGUCAUUGUUCUACUCUUCACCUCAGCCACAAAAUCCAGAUGAGAACUCUUGUCUUGUAGCCACCCGAUAUAACACGCCCUAUCCCGAAUAUUUUCCAUAUGAUAUGUUCUGUAAUUCGUCGAUCUGUGGAUUGGUCUUGCUUUGUGGAUGGAGUAGAAUGAAUGUGUGGGUGAUUUGUAACCCUGCCACGGGAGAGUUUUUAACCUUACCCAAAGUGAAAAUUCAGAACAAGCACGAGAAACUUUCACAAAUGUAUCUUGGCUAUGAUCCGAUAGGCAAACAGUUCAAAGUGUUGUGUAUGACCUCUUCAGGAGGUGAUGAUGAAAGACCCAAUACUCAUCAGGUUUUGACAUCGAAGUCUGGAAAACGUUUUUGGAGAAGGAUCGAACAAAGAUUCCGUUUGUAUGAUAGAAUGGAUGGUGAAGUAUGCAUAAAUGGUGUUUUGUAUUUCGGAGGAGCUAGGUUUGGACAACCUUCUGUAGUUUGCUUCGACGUUAGGUCAGAAAAGUUCAGCUUUAUCAACACAAAUGAAGAGAUGGGAGAAGAGCUGGGUAUUUUUGCUUGGACUUUGUUCAACUACAAAGGUAAAGUAGGUAUACAUGAUUGGAAUGGAAAUGACCAUCACCUUGUGUGCUGGGUUCUAGAAGAUGCUGUAAAUCAUAAAUGGUCCAAGCAUAAACACGUAUUGCCUGAUGUAGUCAAUGAGAACAUGAUGUUUGUUGGAAUGACUAGUACAGGUGAUAUUAUGUGGUCGUUGUACAACGUUGUCCCAUCAAACCUUUACAUCUACAGUAUGGAGAGGAAAACUAUAACAAGCUUGAAUAUUCAGGGAGAAGAGUUUAAGGAUGAUUAUAUAGGUCAAAUCUUUGUUGACUAUGUAGAGAACAUGAAGUUUAUCUAA